UGAAGCUCUCAAGAUUUUUUCUAUUUUCGGAUUUAUUAAAAUUUCUUUUUUGGAAGCGAAACUAAAGAUUGCGUUCGCCAUGGUGUAAGCUGUGCUAUUUAAAAUGGAAAGUUCAAAGUUAAAUCAAGUAUCAAGCGGGUCCAUUAAGUUUUAUUCGGCGGACGUAACGGAAUUGGAUUUAGAAAAACAAAAUUUAAAACACAAAGAAUAUUCAUUCAGCCUCGGUGGCAAGUCUAACAGAUCUGGUUCUCGUUUAAACAGAGCUUCUUCCAACACUUCUAGUGCUGAGAAUUCGAGAAAUAUUAAGAAUUGGAUCAACCAGAAGUCCUUACACCACAUACGUGAUCAACACAGCGCUGAAAAUAAUGGAACCAAACAAAUGUACACGGUUGUUUUAAAUAAUGAAGAAAACUUUGUAAAAGGCAUUGAUGAGUUUUUAAUCGACCAUGAUUUAUUAAAUCUAAGAAGAAAAGAGCUUUUAUACAAACGGUGGAACGAGCGAGUUUAUAUCCCCGUUCGUAAACGAGUUGAACAAGAAAUUGAGCGCGGUUUUCAACCACUAGAUGCUGCUAAACGCAAGGAACAUCGAAACUACUUAAAAUACACAAAUAAAAAGGGCGUUGUGUUCCUUGACACGAUAUCACACAAGGAAUAUGACCCUCUUGUUUUACACGGAGCAAACUCCCCAGUAUCACUGCGUGUUAGAACGGGAAGAUUGAAGGAUCCUCUGCUUGCAGCUGAGAGGGAAAGAGAUGAAGAAGAAAAGAUGCUCCUACAAUGCCAAACGGGCCGAGUGUUUCCCGACCAUCACAUCCGGUCACGUCGGCUUCCUCCUUCCCCUUUGGUUCCCCUUGGUCGCCAUGGCACCGAGUGUCCUCAUUGGUUGGCCAUGCCACUAAGGGAUGUGGAAAGCCCAGUCAGGAUGAAAAGCAGAAAUCGCAUGUUCGGCACGUUUAACGAUUCCUUUCUUGACUUUGAUGAUUGGAACGGGAACAAAUAUGGACAAGAUGUUGUGGACAGUGAGUUGAGGUUUCAGCGCAAACGAAGGUUUGAUGUUCCCUCUACCAUGCCAUCCCCUGCUAUUCUUGGGUUGGCUGAACCCACAAACCACACUGAGACCACUAAAGCUGAUGUUGCUGAAGACAAAAUGACAAAAAGUCAAGUCCGAUUUACUCUACCACCUGAAACACGCCCCCAAAUCACUGCCUAAACUACUAUAUACAACAUACACAAUAUUUUGUGUAAUUAUGAAACCUUUAAUGCACUUGCUGUUACUGCAGAUUUUCUUUUUCUAAAAGUUAGACAAUCAAAUUAUUUAUCAAGUUUAAAGCCUUUACUGUAAAAACCCACUAUUUUUAAAUGGAAAAACUCGUUUUACUUUAUGUGAAUGAUAAAACUCUGUAUUUUUACUUGACAGCUAAACAGUUGAAUAUGUAUUAUUUGGUUGUACAGUCAUGACAGCUUAAAUGUUUCAUAAGAUGCUUGAAUACACAUUCUAGUGUUAGCUUAUUUAGAUUACAUCCAAUUUUUCGAACAACCAUUCUAGUACCUCUCUUAGCUUUGUAGCUUAUAGGUGCCAACAAUUUAUGUGCCAAAAUCGCAAUAAACUAGUUCAUGAACUUG